CCCAGAUAAAAGUUUAUUAGUAGUGGAAGGGCGGCGACGAAAAGUUCAAAUUGAGAAAAUUCGACAUGGCAGGAGCUAAAGAAAACUGUGUUGCCAGGCGGACAGUCCGACAAGUGCAGCAAAACUUUGCGGAGUCCCUUGGAUAUGCAGACGAGAUAAUCUGGGAUCUGUUAUCUCAGGAUGAAGGUGACAAACUGAAGGAAAAGAUCAAAGAAUUAUUUCGGGAUCCUUACUCAUCUAAAGACCAAGAGUUGGCCACAAUAAGUUGGGCUGAUUUUGAAAAACAUGAAAAAAACCGAAAGAAGCUGGUCGCGCAUAAUGAAAGAGUGCGACAGAUCAUUUUCGAUGCCGUUUGGGAACAGCGUAAAUACACCAACCGGCAAUCGCUGACGGCCAUAAUCUACGUACUGGUUGUUGCUGAUGAGGUGGACGUUCACCGCGCUGAGGACUCGAGGACUUUCUCCUGUCAUCCUGUAUUCCGGGCACGCCGAUGCGUCACUAGCAGCAGUGGUCGCAGCAACGACAGCUCCGAUUGCUGCAAUUUAUUCGUUGAUGAGACCGGCCGUGUUUAUCAGAACUGGGAGCAGUACGUGGCCACCAACAAGCUGCCCGCCGGAGUGAUGGUGGCUCCGGAAAGGGGAAUCUACCGCAUGGUCAAAGACCAAGUGCGACUGGAGAAAUAUGUAACGCCAGCGGGCACAACCAGCUCACAAGUGCUGGGGUACAUGGACACGGGAGCAGCGGUGGGAGGCUUCGCCGCUGCCGCCGUUCCCAUUGCGGCGUUACUAACGCUGCCCGUAUCCGGUCCGUUAAUGGCCGUGGCUGGAGUCGUGGGUUUGGCCAGCGCUGGAUACGCGACAGCCCGCUCCAGCGUGAAGUUGGUGGACCGCAGUCAGCACGAGCAGUCGAUCAAUGUGACGGACCGCGAGGCACGUGGCCAUUGGCUUGGCGUGGUCGCCGGCGCCGUGGGUUUAGGUGCGGCAGGGGCCACUUCAGCACUGACAGCGGCGACGAACGCUGGACGCGAGGUGGGAGCGAUUACCCAACUGACAGUGAAUGGAAUGAACAUCUCCUCAAUCGUGGUCUCGGGCACUGGAGUGGCCAACGGAGUGUUGGAUUUGAUACUGAAAGUGCAGGAUGGUGAUGACAUUACCGGCAUAGAUGUGCUGCAGUUGUCCGCUUCGCUGGUGCUGUUCACACACAGCGUCUACAAUUUCAAACUGGCCUCGACCAUUAUUAACGAAACGGCCAACAGUAAUAUAGCGGGAUUUCGGAAAACUCUUAGCCAUCGUCUAAGACGCACCUUUGACAAGAUCUACAAAGAGACCCUUCGGUUGCGGGGAAAUACUCAAGGCAAGUUGGACAUUAUACGCAGCGUCAACGAAACGCCUUCGCAAUUCAAUGAUCAAGAAAUGGAUUCUAAUUUACUGAUUAAACCGCCUACCACUGCGCAGCCGCGUCAGGAGCCCAGUAAUUAUGCCGCUGGGGUGUUUUCCUUGCAGCUGAGUUCCGUGAUGGUUAGAGGAGUGACUUUUGUGCUGGAAAACUACGGCGUAUCCCUUUUCCAGCACGUCAUCAAUGCCGAGAGUUUUGAAAAACAUAUCACCAGAAUGGCUGCAAACUUGGAGCCUGAGGUGUUUGACUUCAUCAUGAAGCUGACACGAACCUUCAUGGACACCAUGCUGGAUGAGCUUAACUCGGUGCUUAAGUUCUUUAUUCCAACGGAGUCUGUGCUCUCUCGCAUUCUGCUGAAUGUGGUAAACAACUACCGCCACAUGCCUUAUAACUUGGUCGAGCACCACACCGGAGACAUCCUCGCAGCGGUCAGGCGAUACUUUCUAUCCCUCAACCCGAACUCGUACACCGGUCUCUUGCAAAAGUGCCCCAUUUGUGUCGGGUAUUCAACACUUGUUGUUUAAAAAAGUUAAAAAUAAGAUAAUUGGUGCCCUAAAUUUAAAAGCAUAUUGCAACUACACAACAAGGAUGCACAACAUUUUAAACAUUUUAGAAAUUAUAUUGCCAUUUUGGAUCAAAUUUACAAUAUAAUACAAUUAUUUUCCAUAUUACACUGCAGAACCAUUUAACAUUUUUUUUUCGAAUUCUU